GGCGGUGGUUGCGCCUGGACAACAGUCAGGUGGGCCCUGGCUUUGGCUUGUGGUCCUGUCUCCAGGGAGGGCAGACUCGGGGCAUGUGUAGAAGGUGGCAGUUAUGAUAAUACCUGUGUGUCUUCUUACAAGCUGAGCAAAUUGUCAUCUACAUCAAGACAUUUCAAUAAGAGGAGAGGACCAAGGUGACUCCCUAUGAUAGCCUAGAAGACAUAAACAAGAUGAAAGAAGAACAGAAUUCCAACUUAUCAUUUGGACCCGAGGCUUCCAGGAGCACACACCAGCAUGAGACGUCCUUACCCUCCCAUUCCUGGUCCUUGGAGAUGUUGUUACGCAGAUUGAGGGCCAUAGAGGUCAAGAGGGAUGACAAACUGGCCAGUGUUCUGGAUGCUGUGGGGGAGUUCGGCACAUUCCAGUGGAGGCUGGUGGCCCUCACCUUCAUCCCCUACGUGCUGCUGUCCUUCUUCAUGUUCUCAGAUAGCUUCGUGCUCACCUCCCAGAGACCCUACUGUAACACCAGCUGGAUCCUGAAAGUGGGUCCCAACCUCUCAGUGGCUGAGCAGCUGAACCUGACCCUGCCCCGAGCACCCAAUGGAAGUUUCCUGACCUGCCUCAUGUAUAUACCAGUGCCGUGGGAUCUCGAUUCCAUCGUCCAUUUUGGCCUCAAUUAUACAGAAACAUGCAGAUAUGGAUGGAUCUACCCUUAUGCUAAGAGGCGCUCCCUGAUCAAUGAGUUUGACCUGGUGUGUGGCAAUGAACCAAACAAGGAGAACAUGCAGACUGUGUUUCUGGCAGGUGUCCUGACAGGGUCCCUCUUCUUCGGGUUCCUAAGUGACAAGAUAGGCCGCUAUCCAGUCUUCCUGAUGUCAAUGGCGGGGCUCCUCGUCUUCGGCUUUGGAACAGCCUUUGUGAACACUUUUUACCAGUAUCUGUUCUUCCGCUUCACGGCGGCCCAGGCAGCUGUGGGCUACGUCAUCAGCAGUGUGUCUCUAGUCAUGGAGUGGCUGGUGGACGAGCACCGGGCCCAUGCGAUCAUCCUGCAACACUGCUUCCUCGCCUUAGGGAUCAUUUUCCUGUCAGGAGCUGCCACCAGGGUUUUCCACUGGAGGCUCGUGUUCCUGCUGGCUGGUGCACCCAUGUUUCCCAUCAUCUCCAAUAUCUGGGUUGUCCGAGAAUCCCCACGGUGGCUGAUGGUCAAAGGGAAGGUGGACAAGGUCAAAAAGGUUCUGUGUUAUGCAGCUGAGGUGAACAAGAUGGACAUCCCUUUAAAUCUACUGAAUGAGCUGCAGGUGUCAGGAAAGAAGGUGAAGAAGGUCUCAAUCCUGGACUUCUAUACCAAUCAGCACCUUUUAAAGGUGGUCUUGGUCAUGGCCUGUGUGUGGUUUGUCAUCAGCUACAUCUAUUUCACAAUGAACCUCAAGUUGAAGGAUUGUGGGAUAGAGACCUACCUCAGACAAAUAAUCCCCGGCAUUCUGGAGGUGCCAGCCCGGCUGUAUUGCAUCCUUCUACUGGAGAAUUUGGGGAGAAAGUGUAGCCUCUUCGUGAACCUCAUCCUGUCUACCAUCUCGUGUUUCUUCCUCCUUUUCCUCCCUCAAGAGCUGAAGUCGACGAAACUCUUGAUGCUUGUGCUUGGACAUUUUAACAUGGCGGCCAGCGUCACUGUACUCUUCAUCUACACCUGUGAGCUCCUCCCCACUGUCCUCAGGUCUACAGGUCUGGGAAUGGUAUCUCUGGCUUCGUCAGCGGGAGCCAUCACCGCUCUGGCCGUCUACAACCAUAUCAAAACCCAGCUGCCUAUCUUCUUCUGCUGUCUGAGUUGCAUUGUGGCCUUGUGCUUCUCCUCCUUGGUGCCAGAAACAGGAAACCAGCCUUUCCGUGACAGCAUAGAGUACAGUUCAAGCAACCAAAGAGAGUCUAUUGACUCCAAGAGGAAAAGCCAGGACGUCGCUCCCGAGAUGCUAACUGAGGAGUCAAUGUCUGACAUCAGGAUUGACCAAGUGGCCAAGAAUACCAUUCUCAAUGCCAUGCCGCUAACAUUCGCAGUUGACCAAGUGGCAAAGGAUACCAUUUUCAAUGAGAUGCCACUAAAAUCCGAAGAAAGUGGGUUCUCCGACACAGACUUGAAGGAACCCAGUAACGCCGGGGAAGAACCCAGUCCAGAUCCCUGAGGGCUAGCUUCCCCAGAACAUUGUGGAGUGGAGUUUACUGCCUGGGUUGAGGGACAUGGAUUCAAAGUCUCAAAUUCUAGGCCUAGUCUGGCUUGUGGGCAGAAUCUGUCCUUCUCAAAGGCCAGCCCUCAGGAUCUAAAAGUAACCCCUUGUGUAGGAGGAGCUAAGUUGUGAUUCAUCCAAUAAAAUAUCAUGUUGGUCUUGA